GAGGAGCGGCCUUUGUCACCCUCGACCCCGUGCCGCUGCGUCCGCCCUGCUCGGAGCGGUCGCGGGUGGAGGUUCCAGUGGCGGUCGGAGCAGGUCCUUGCAGCUGCAGCUUUAUGGAGCGUGCGACGGUGCAGGCGCGGGGCACCGACUGCCACGCGGGUGGCCAAUGCCGCCAAAGAUGUGCAGGUUGCGGAGGAGCUGUUGGUCGCCUGUCGAGAUGGCAAGUCCAACACGGCUUUGCAACUCCUGCGCGAGAAGCCUGAGCGCGUGCGGGAGGCGCUGCUACGCCCAGCCGCCCAAAGACAACUGACACCUUUGCAGUGGGCCUGCAGCCGGAACUUGUACGAGGUGGUGGAGCACUUGACACAGCACUUUAUGGGAGACGUUCGCCCUUCCAUCGACUACUGCCUCUUCAACGUCAGCCGCCGCGGCUACACCAGCAUCGCCGAGCUGCUGAUCCAGCGCUUCCCGGCUGAGGCCGAAUCCUCGGCUGGGCGCGAUGUGGUCGAGGCCGCAAGGUCUGGGCAGGCCGGGAUUGUUCGGCUCCUCUCCGAGCGCUUUCCCAGUGCCGUCCGGGGCGUGGCCUCCGAGGCGCUGUACGAGGCCUGUGGAGCUGCUUCAGCACAAACUGCCAAUCAGCUGCUCAGAGACUUCCCGGAGGAAGCCCGGGCUUCGAUGGACCCAAAUGCAGCGGACCAGACCCCUCUGCUGCGAGCGUGCCAGACAGGCUUGGUCGGGGUGGUGAGGCGCCUCCUGGAGCAGUUCCCGGAGGCCAAGGGAGCGCUGGAGGUGAAAGACUCAGCUGGCAUGACCCCUUUGGCCUGGGCCUGCGACAACGGUCACGAUGCCAUCGUGGAGAUGGUGUUGCGAAGGUUCCCGAAUCUGGCGGAAGUUGCCCCGAUCGAGCUGGAGGGGGAGGAGGAGCUCGAGCAGAGCCCAGAGAUGAUGCAGCCGAAGAACCGCGAGAACAUGGCCAAGAGCGGCUAUCGCCUCGUGGGGAGCCACAGUGCUGUGAAGCAGUGCCGCUGGACUCGGAAUGCCAUCCUAGGCCAAGGCCAAUGCUACAAGCACACUUUCUAUGGGAUCAACUCGCACCAGUGCAUGGAAGCAACGCCAUCUGUGGCCUGCGCAAACAAGUGCACCUUCUGCUGGCGGAAUCACGAGAACCCGGUGGCCACCUCCUGGGAUUUCAAGAUGGACGACCCCGACUGGAUCGUGCAGGAAAGCAUCCGCAACCACCUGGAACUCGUGGAGGAGGUCUCCGAGUCCCCGCACGCGCUUCCUGAUCGAGUCCUCGCUGCGCGUUCGGUGCGCCAUGUGGCUCUGUCCCUGGUGGGGGAGCCGGUGCUGUACCCGAAAGUGGCGGAGUUCGUGUCGUCGCUGCACAAGCGCCGCAUCUCCACUUUCUUCGUGACCAACGGACAAUUCCCGGACCAACUCGCGGAGCUCCCCUGGGUGACACAGCUGUACGUCUCUUUGGACGCACCAGAUGCCACAACCUUGCGGGAUGUCGGUCGUCCCCUUUUCCGAGACUACUGGGAUCGUCUGCGAAGGUCUCUAGCUGUUCUGCGCGAAAAGCAUCCGAAACAGAGGACGGUCUGUCGAAUGACAGUGCUCAAAGGCGUGGCUGAGAACGAUGAGGCCUGUCAAGGCUAUGCCGACCUGAUCAACAUCUCGCAGUGCGAUUUCGUCGAGAUCAAAGCUGCGACAUAUUCACCCGUGUGGGACAAGCGCAACUCUGGACUCUCGCGGGACAGUAUACCGAGGCACGACGAUGUGCUGCAGCUUGCUCGCCUUUUGGUCUCCAAAUUGCCCAUGUAUGGGAUUGCGGCAGAGCAUGAGCAUAGCUUCUGCAUCCUUCUCGGGCGUCGGGACCGCUUUUAUGAGCCAUUUGGCGCGAGGUGGAGGACCUGGAUCGAUUUCGACAAGUUCGCCGAUGCCGCCGAGAAAGGAGAGACCCUGGACACAACAGACUUUGCCGCUGAGACCCCCCCUUGGGCACUGCAUCAAGGUACAUCGAACCGGUACGAUGGGAAGAUCGGGUUCGAUCCGCAGGAGGUGCGCCGCUUUCGGCGUCCGAUGCCUCGACUGACUCGACGUGAGAAGAAGAAGCUGUGGCCCAAACACAAGAUGAUGGUGGACGUGGCCGUCCUCACGCCACAGGAAGGGCUCGACGAGGCCGCGCAAGCCCAGGAGCUCUUAAAGCAGCCGCACGUCCGCAGCGUCACCCUCUUCGAGCCCGUGGGCACCGGGCACGACGAAGAAAGGGUCGGGGUGCGUUACGUGGCCGGUGACCCCGACCUGAACAUCACGUACAAAGAGGCUGGACUGGCUUUCAACGUGGACCUGAAAAGGCGCCUGAGUCGGCUGAGCAAGAGCCAGGGUGGCAUACAUGAGCGGGAGCGCAUCUGUCAGCUGGUGCAGCCGGGAGAGCGCGUUCUCGUGAAAAACGAGUUUGCUUUGGAGAACAUCAAGGCGAACAAGCUCGAUGGCAAGGUCUCCAGCCUUUGCCGCAACUCCUUAGAUGUUGCGGGCCUUGGCCGGUUUGAUCGCAUCUGCGCAUUCCUAAAGUUCCAAGCUUUGGAGAACCUCGAGGCGCUGGUGUCGGCAAUGAGAGAGGGCGGGACGCUGCACUUCUACAACCACGAGUCCAAGGCAUGUCCGGAAGCAGAGCUGUGGAAAUCACUUGGCGUGGCAAAGUUGGAUGCACCAAAGCGAAGUGCAAAAGUGGCUGCACAAUUCUUAAGAGCAGUGGCCAUGAAGGAUUGGAAGAAUCAGGUGCUUGCCAUGCUAGCCAUCGUGGAACCGCCCGAGGUCCCCACCCAUGGAGAUCCAGAGGCCCUUGCAGAGCGGGCCUUGGCACAGCAGCUGGGGGUCGUCAUUCAUACCGUCUACUUGGGAUGGCCUCAGGGCUACCCGCGGUCACUCGCCGCCCUGAGCGAGGCUACAGGAGGCCGACAGUUCGCGGCCUUCUACCAGCCAGAAAGCCGUGGCUCUCCUAGUACGAGGCCGCAGCCGCGGGUACCACGGGUCCGAAACACACAUGGAGUUGGGCUGGACAGCGGCUUCAUUCGAGUCGUGGAGCGAUGA